UUGUCCUGUCAACGUUGUGACAAGCUCAGCGGUAUUUAGCUAGCUAACGCUGCAGCACAGAAAUCACAAAACCGUUCGCGAAAAAGCGAAGACACAGAGGUGGUUAGAGUCCCUUAAACUGAACCGUGUAUCAACGGAAAUAGCAAACCACCGUCAUCCCAGUCCUUACAAGUUCAUACAAGCGACAAUUUUGAAGGCAGCGCCUGGUAGACUAUUUCGUCGAUGGCUAACAUUAAGGAGUGGUUUCUCCCCAUAGAUACAGCACAAGCGCGCACAUUAACAAGCUAACGAGACCAACCUGCCAUGGCUCCGAGGAAGAGAGGAGCAAGGAAAAGGAAAACUGAAGAGGCUUUGGAAGGAGAGAAAGAAGGGGAGGAUACCGAGGAGAAGGAGGCUGAUGGGAGAGGAGACAGGAGGAGGAAGGAGCGUGGAAAUAAGAAAUACAUUGGAGCUCAUGUUGGCAUUCAAGGUGGGAUUUGGAAAGCAGUGGAGUCCUGCACAGAGAUGGGUGGCAGCAGUUUUGCCCUGUUCCUGGGCUCCCAGCGAUCAUGGAAGAGGCCUGCGCUGGACCAGACAGCUGCAGACAAGUUUCGGGAGCAGGUUUCCAUGCAAGGGUUUGACCCAGCUCACAUCCUGCCUCAUGGAUCUUACCUAAUGAACUGCGGGUCUCCUAAAGAGGAUGUGUUUGAGAAGAGCCAGGCCCUGCUGGUGGAUGAGCUCAGCCGCUGCAGCCUCCUGGGCCUCAACCUCUACAACUUCCACCCCGGCUCCUCGCUGGGCUCCAUCACCACUGAGCAGUGUGUGGACAAGAUAGCGGGCGCCAUCAACCACGCUCACCAGCAAACACCUGCCGUGGUUACAGUGUUGGAGAACAUGAGCGGUCAGGGCAGCACGGUGGGCGGUAAGUUCUCUGAGCUGAAGAGCAUCAUAGACAAAGUGAGAGACCAGACCAGAGUGGGAGUGUGUCUGGACACCUGCCAUGCCUUUGCAGCAGGAUAUGACCUGGCUGCAGAGGGAGGAGUGAAGGCCAUGCUCAACAAGUUUGACCAGGAGGUGGGGCUCCACUAUCUCAAAGCCAUCCAUCUCAACGACUCCAAAGGUAAACUGGGCUGCAACCUCGAUCGCCACGAAGACAUCGGUAAAGGUCAAAUCGGAAUCUCUGCUUUCAGAGACAUUGUCAAUGAGCCCAGACUAGACAACAUCCCCCUGAUCCUGGAGACGCCUGGACGGCCAGGAUUUGAGUACGCUGAGCAGAUUGAACUUCUCUAUUCACUCUGUGAGAAGAAAUAGAAAAUGCAUCUACUCAUGUACUAGCACGGCUAAAAUGAACCAGUGUGAAACCACAGCUCACGUCUGUUAAGAAAACUGAAGUGUUUCUCAAGGACCAAAGUGGACGAGUGGUGAGGCUCAAAAGUUGUGUGGUUGUUAAUCAGAAUGUUAAAAGCUUCGAUCUAGAAAUGUGUUUUGUCUCUAAGUGUAGUUAACUGUAGUUGAAUAAAUGUGUUGAAAGAUUUUU